AUGCAGAAAAGUCCCCAGGGGACUCUACGCCAGCUGAGCCUCAAAAACAAGUGUGUGUGUGUGAGUGAGGGGCUCAGUGUAGCUUUGUGGCUGAUGCUGACAGUCAGGGAGGCGCAGGGCACAGGCACAAAAAGCCAAGACUGUGCUGAUACCAUGGAGACAGAGCCGAGCCUUCCGGCGGAUGCGCCGAGAGCCUCCAUGCCGGACGAGCUAUGCCAUCCUUAUUCCAAAUUCUCUGACUGGAAGUUCAAGCUCUUCCGGGUGCGCUCCAUGGAGAAGGCGCCCUUGCCCAGUGAACCACCCUUGGAGAAGGAAGCGCAGAUGAGGGUGGAUGUGCAGGGGGAUGCCAGGGGCCUUCCUGGUAGUGUUAUGAAGCUCUGUUUGGGGGGCAAGAGCAAGGAGAAUGUGGAGGGGGCUGGUAGGCGGGUGGAUCUCAAGCUACAGGAGAUUGACACACACAUGAACCAUCUCAGGUCUUUAUGUCGCUUAUGUGGCGUGAUUCUCAGGAAAGCCAAAGGCCCAGAGCAUGAAGUCCAGGGAAACUUGGAUGAUUCCAGCAAGUGUGCCCUGCGUAGGAUGGGUUGCAAGGCUUCUAGCUGGUCUGAGGUCAUUCUGAAAGUGUUUAAAGUGGAUGUGAGUGGAGACAUGGAAACAAUUCACCCCUCAAGGUUCUGUCAUCGAUGCUGGACAGUAGCCAUGAGAGGAGGUGGUUUCUGUAGCUUCACUAGGACAAGGGUUCCUGUGUGGAAGCCUCAUACCUCACACUGCCUGCUCUGCUUCCCCAAGAGACUCAUACUUCAGCGGAGGGGAAGGAAGAGAAGCAAACCACUACGUAAUGCACACUGCCUGCCCAAGAGGACCAAGAGAGACUCUUCAACACCCACGGGGGGCAACAGAGUGUGGAGACAGACCACAGACAACCCAGAAGCAUUUGGCUUGAGGGCAUGGGUAAAACCAGCUGCUCAGAAAACCCUUUGGGUGAAGAAUAUAACUCGCUGUCAGAAAGACCACCUAAGCUACCGGCUACUCCCCGGCGAUCUCCCAAAAGACUUUGUGAAUGGUGUUACCUGCCAGGUGUGUGAGCACCUGCUCUCUGACCCAGUCCAGUCCCCAUGCCUUCACCUCUUCUGUCGCACCUGCAUUCAGAAAUACAGCAAAUCUUUGGGUCCCCAGUGUCCAUCUUGUGGCAUCCUUUUUAACCCAUGUGACCUGACUAGCCCUGCCAAAGCCUUUCUCUCCGUUCUCAACUCUCUUCCUCUGGUCUGUCCAAGAGAAGGUUGUGGGGAGUGGGUCAGAUUCGAUUCCUUUGGAGAUCAUUGCCUGAAUCACUGCCUUGAAACAAAUGAUGACGAGGGACAGGAUAAUUCAGAGCAGAAUCUGGAUGGCUACCUGCCUGUCAACAAGGGUGGUCGUCCCCGACAGCACCUGCUCUCGCUAACACGACGAGCACAGAAGCACAGGUUGAGAGAGCUGAAGAAUCAGGUGAAGGCGUUCGCUGACAAGGAGGAGGGUGGAGAUGUGAAGGCUGUGUGCUUGACACUGUUCCUGCUGGCACUAAGGGCCGGGAAUGAACACAGGCAGGCUGAUGAGCUGGAGGCCAUGAUGCAAGGCAGGGGGCUUGGCCUGCACCCUGCAGUGUGUCUGGCCAUACGGGUCAACACCUUCCUCAGCUGUAGCCAGUACCACAAGAUGUAUCGCACCGUCAAGGCCACUAGUGGACGCCAGAUCUUCCAGCCCUUGCACACCCUCCGUACUGCUGAGAAGGAGCUUCUCCCUGGCUUCCAUCAGUUUGAGUGGCAGCCUGCUCUCAAAAAUGUGUCUACCUCUUGGGAUGUAGGCAUCAUUGAUGGACUCUCUGGCUGGACAGUCUCUGUAGAUGAUAUACCAGCAGAUACCAUCUCUAGACGAUUUCGCUAUGAUGUGGCACUAGUAUCAGCUCUUAAAGACUUGGAGGAGGAUAUCAUGGAGGGUCUAAGGGAGAGAGGCUUGGAUGACAGCACUUGCACUUCCGGUUUCACUGUGGUGAUCAAGGAGUCAUGUGAUGGCAUGGGAGAUGUCAGCGAGAAGCAUGGAGGAGGGCCAGCUGUUCCGGAGAAGGCGGUGAGGUUCUCUUUUACUGUGAUGUCAAUCACGGUUCAAGCAGAAGGUGAGGAAGAAGCAGUCACAAUCUUCCAAGAGCAAAAACCCAACUCAGAGCUCUCCUGCAGGCCCAUGUGUUUGAUGUUCGUGGAUGAGUCUGAUCAUGAGAUGCUGACUGCCAUCUUAGGUCCUGUAGUGGCAGAACGUAGAGCUAUGAAGGAGAGUCGCCUCAUUUUGUCCAUAGGUGGGCUUCUUCGUUCCUUUCGCUUUUACUUCCGAGGCACAGGCUAUGAUGAGAAGAUGGUGAGAGAAAUGGAAGGGUUGGAGGCUUCAGGCUCCACUUACAUCUGCACACUGUGUGACUCCACACGAGCUGAAGCCUCUCAGAACAUGGUGCUGCACUCUAUCACCCGAAGCCAUGAGGAAAACCUUGAGCGCUAUGAGAUUUGGAGAACCAACCCUUUCUCUGAGUCUGCAGAUGAGCUGCGGGAUCGAGUGAAAGGGGUUUCAGCUAAGCCUUUUAUGGAGACCCAGGCUACUCUGGAUGCCUUGCACUGUGACAUUGGCAAUGCUACCGAGUUUUACAAGAUAUUCCAAGAUGAGAUCGGCGAAAUGUACCUGAAACACAAUCCAACUCGAGAGGAGCGCCGACGCUGGCGAUCAGCCCUUGACAAGCAGCUGAGGAAGAAGGUGAAGCUGAAGCCAGUGAUGAGGAUGAAUGGAAACUAUGCCCGGCGGCUGAUGACCCGUGAGGCUGUGGAGGUGGUGUGUGAGCUGGUUCCUUCAGAGGAGCGCCGCAAGGCCCUGAGAGAGCUGAUGGAGCUGUACCUCCAGAUGAAGCCUGUGUGGCGCUCCACUUGCCCAGCCAGAGACUGCCCCGAUCAACUCUGCCGUUACAGCUUCAACUCCCAGCGCUUUGCCGAACUCUUGUCCACCACAUUCAAAUACCGUUAUGAUGGCAAGAUUACCAACUACCUCCACAAGACUUUGGCCCAUGUGCCUGAGAUUGUGGAAAGAGACGGCUCAAUUGGUGCAUGGGCCAGUGAGGGGAAUGAGUCUGGGAACAAGCUUUUCCGCCGCUUCCGUAAGAUGAACGCCAGGCAGUCCAAGACAUUUGAGUUAGAAGACAUACUAAAACACCACUGGCUAUACACAUCCAAGUACCUGCAGAAGUUCAUGGAGGCUCACAAGAAUUCUCCAAAAGCACUGCAAGCCACCAUCAACCCAGAGGAAUGCCCAGAUAACUUGGAUAUGGCAGACAUACCAGACUUUUGAAAGCAUGAGUAUUGGGGUCAUUUGACUUUAAUAUACUUUUAUAGGUGUCUUGAUAUGACACUUCUCAAAUAACUGACUUUUCUCUUCAGAUAAGGUUCAACACCACAUUGAAUUAUCUUAUUGAUUACCCUUUAUCAUUUUAUAUGCUUGUCUUUAAAGUUAAGGUGUCAUUUUUUUCAUGGCUGAGAUAAGAUUAGAAGGGAAUGGCUAUUCUUUCUUCUCAGGGUUUGCAGGCAAAUUUUUGUAUUUCAUCCUUGGCUGCUUGUGAAAUAUGGGAUAGUUUAUUGUAUUACUGGGUUAUGACACAUUCAUGAAUUUAUACAGAAGGAUUAUUUAUGGAACCAGAUGAAAGCACUGUAAGUCACAGAAGGGGAAUUGCUUUAAAAGAGCCCCGUUUAUGAUCGCUGUAUUAAUUUAUCACAGAGGGCAGAGACAAAAUGGAAUUAGGAAAACUCAAACUGCUUCAGUUUCAGAAGAGCUAGUGAAAAGGAUUACUUUAGUGCCAUAUAUCAGAGACCUCUUGAAAAAUAGCAGAGGAGCAAAAAUGACUUUGAACGACCUCAUACUGCAUAUUUACACGUUUGCACAUUGCAGGAGACACGCUAUUAUUCUACCUCCAUUCUUAAUCAUCUUGAGAUUUUGCACCCAACUGAACACUUAGCAUUAAUGCAGAAGAGUCAGAUAAAACCACUAUGCUACAUCACAGUGCUCUUUUAUUCAUUUUUCAUUAUAACUUACUUGUUUA